CCCUCCGCCUUUAAGGUGGUGGGGGUAGACGGACAAGCAGCGGCUCUGUUCUAGGGCUCACGGAUCGUUUUGCCCGUUGACAGCGAUGUUGUGGGCGAUUCGCGCCGGGAAAAUGUGGCUGCCGACCACGAUUGCGCUAGCGCUGCGUAAAAUCGAGCAGUAGAAUGGGCAGUAGGGGAGAAUGAGGACGCAGCGAGCGACUAGAGGACGAAAUAGAACAGGGGGACUGUCGGCGAGGACGAAGAACGAGUGGUAGAUGGAGUGAUGCUGUCGCGCUUGCAAUUCGAUCCAUCCAUCGAACUUCUGGAUCAUAGCGCGCAGGAAUUAUGUGAGAGAGCUCCAGCGGUUCGCAGCUGGAUUGGCAGAAAGAGGGCGGGCACGAGACGGUAGCAGAGGGGGGCCUUUCUUUGUCUGUCCGUCUCGUGCAUUUGUAUCAGGGAUCAGGGAGAGAAGAAGAGGAAAGAGUUGGAUUGAUUGGAGAGAAAUUUUCAUGGCUUUCUUAGCGAGAGAUGGGGACCCAGUGCAAUAAAAGCUUCCAAGGGCGAGCUUUGCUUGUAUUCUCAGUCUCUCUCGUUUGAUCAUCCUGUUAAGUUGGAUUGGGAGAGCUAAGAGAGAGGAGGAGCUUACAAUCGGUGAUGGGGGAUUAGUUUUUGGUCAUCAAUCUUUCCACCACCGCUAGCAACUGCUCCACAGAGAGAAUGUUAGCUGGAGGAGAUCGUUCUAUGGCCCUAUCCAUCUCCAAUUCUAUGAUCUCUCGCGAUCAAUCAAUGCGCGCGGCGAGGGAUUGAUCCAGAAGAGCGAGAGCUGAGGUGACGAUCUUGAUGGCGAGAAGAAGAAGAUCGCCAUGGCCGGGGCUCUUGCUAGCGGUGGUGCUGUUGGUUCUUUCUCUGGGGCUGGAGGCGAGCAAUCCCAAUGGCACCGCGAUUCGGGGCAAUCUCGUCAAGCUCGGCGGCAAUGCCAGAUCUUUCCGGGGGAGAGGAAGGGGAAGCUCGCGGCUUCUCAAGAUCCAGAAGCAAAUCAACGCGAUGAACAAGCAGCCGGUGAAAACGAUUCGGAGCCCGGAUGGAGAUUUAAUCGACUGCGUGCUGCUGCGAAAUCAGCCUGCAUUUGAUCAUCCUAAGCUCAAGCAUCACCAGCUCCAGGAAGAACCGAUGAUAUGGCCAAACAAUCUGGCCAAGGAAACCAGCACCGAGCAAGACGACGUCAGCAUCCGAGUGACACAAAUGUGGCAUCAAUCCGGCAAGCAAUGCCCUCGAGGAACAGUGCCGAUUCGAAGAACAACGAUCGACGACAUCCUUCGCGCGGGAUCGGUGAGGAGAUACGGCAGGAAAUUCCACAAGCCUCCCAAUCCGAGCCGAUCCAACUCGUCCGGCGCAGCUGCGAGCUUCCAGGCCAGCUCCCUGAUGGCGAUGCCCGAGGCAAUGGAUUCAAACGGCCACGAGCAUGCAAUCGCCUACACGACUGGGCAGUUCUAUGGCGCCCAGGCAUCGCUCAAUGUGUGGCGCCCGGACAUCGAUGUGCCCAACGAGUUUAGCCUCUCGCAGAUCUGGCUGCUGGGAGGCUCCUUCGCGGACGAUCUCAACAGCAUCGAAGCUGGAUGGCAGGUGAGCCCGGAGCUCUACGGCGACAGCAAUCCCAGGUUGUUCACGUACUGGACGAGCGAUUCCUACCAAGCCACCGGCUGCUACAAUCUUUUGUGCUCGGGAUUCAUCCAAACCGGCAGCGACAUUGCCAUCGGCGCAUCGAUCUCCCCGGUUUCCUCCUACGACGGGCCACAAUACGAUAUAAGAAUCCUUGUCUGGAAGGAUCCAAGAACUGGCAAUUGGUGGAUGAGGCUGGGCGAUCGAACGCUCGUCGGCUACUGGCCGGCGGAGAUCUUCUCACACCUCACGGACUACGCCUCCAUGGUGGAGUUUGGAGGUGAGGUGGUGAACACCCAGCCGGAUGGAUCCCACACCGCCACACAGAUGGGAAGCGGGAGAUUUCCCUCUCGGGGAUUUGCCGAGGCGAGCUACUUCAGGAACAUUGGAGUGGUGGAUUCGGACAACGAGCUGCAAUCCCAUCCUGUUCUUCAGACGCUGGCCGAGCAUCCCAAUUGCUAUGGGAUCGUCAAGGCUGGCAGCAGCGACUGGGGGCAGUAUUUUUACUACGGUGGUCCUGGGAGCAAUCCCACUUGCCGAUGAAAUUCAUUCCUUCCUUCGCUCCUUUU